AUGUUAGUCUUGGGCUGGUUGUCGGAUAGACACAGCGAGGAAAGGACAGGGGAGUCCGCACCCGUCGUUCAUGACAAAUCGUCCCAACCCGAACAGGACAACGACUGGAUGCCGUACUCUCGCCCCUCGAAGACGGAGGGGGCCACCGAGAGGAUCUUUGACGCUGCGGAAUUUCACCGCAAGAACAUCCACCUCAAGUUCCCGUCCGUCGACUGGAGCGAGGCACGACUCGUCGUCGAAGGUGACGACGAGUGCGGCAUGGAGUACCUCUGCGCUCCUCAGCUCGUGCCCGGUCUCCCUUGUCUGUCGGCGUCGAGCGCGUUGCCGAUGACGGCGGAGGAGCUUCAGGAGCAUCUCGAUCGUGAGUAAGCGGGUCCUGCGGAGGCUCCGGACAUCGAUCCCCGCCGCAACCGCCACCUCUUCGUCGACUCGGGGGGCAACAAGUGGAUCCGAGCCGGCGUCGUGUAUGUGCAAGAGCUGCCACCGGCAUACCUGAAGUUCAAAGAUCAGGAUGGUGAGGGACGUUUCUACACAAAGACUGUGCGGAUUGAAUCGCGCAUGACGGUGGCAUGCACCGAGGACAAACCACGAAUCGUCACUCGCUCCGACUUUAACCGCAAGGAGCUCGGAGGACAAGGCGCCCAAGUCGGAGCGAGUGACGAUUCGUGGUUUGUCCUCGGUGCAUGCCACCGUCAUGCGCGAUUCAAUCCGCACAGUCUUUGUGUAG